CACACAAAAAAAAAAAAAAAUCCUUACAAACGAGAGAUAGAAGAGGUAACAGGGAGGUAAGACAAAAGUGGCGUAACAAUUGUGUUUCAAUCUACGCUCUCACAUGCGUGUAGCUUGCUUCGAUCGGAGUUUCUUACAACGGUAGCCAGAAGAAGGAUUAGAAAGUGAAUAAUCUUCUCUUGUCUCCUGCGUAUUAACAUGAUAACUGUUGUUCUACUUUAUGCUUUUUUACUAUGGCUUGCUCCGCCCUGCUUAGCUAGAUAUGUUUUGAAGAUCGGUGAAAACUUAAUUGACAGUGAACAUUCCAAGCUCGUUUCAGUUGGAAAAAGCUUUGAACUGGGUUUCUUCACCCUUGAUGCAAGCUCAAACGGCAAAUACCUUGGAAUAAGGUAUCAUAGGUUAGAACAACAUACAGUUGUCUGGGUUGCUAACAGGGACAAUCCCAUCCCAGCUUCAAAAGCUGGAAAUUUUCAAAUUUCCCAAGAUGGAAAUCUCAUUGUAUUAGAUACAGAGGGGACACGUUAUUGGUCUUCCAGAAUCAGACCCGGUCAUGCAUCUUCUAUCGCUAACUCGACAGUGAAGCUUAUGGAUUCUGGGAACUUAAUUCUAGGAGACGAUCAAUUUCAAGUGACCUACUGGCAAAGCUUCGAACACCCGACGGACACAUUCCUGGUGGGCAUGAAAAUGGAUAAAGAUUUAGUCUUGACUUCUUGGAAAGCUUCUGAUGAUCCAGGGAGUGGGGACUUCGCAUUCGCAAUGGGAAAAACAGGGAACAAUCCCUAUCAAAUAUACAGAAACCAGACCCAAGUUUACUGGGCAAGCGAAACACAUCCAAAUUUCGGUCCAGAAGUACUGCUCAGCAAGAUAAGUUUUCUGCUGACUAACUUCACUUCAAAAAAUGUUACUUUUGCAAAUGAAAGCAGGCCAAGUAUUUUACGUCCUUCGAAUUAUGUUAAUACAAGGCUAGUGAUGAAUUAUACAGGAGAGAUAAGCCUUCUGAAAUGGGAUGAGCUUGCCCAGGGAUGGUCGCUAGAGUGGCAUGAACCCGAUCACCAGUGCAAGGUAUUUAACAUCUGCGGGAAAUUCCGCAGUUGCAAUAUCAAGAACAAGCAAUUUGUCUGUAAAUGUUUGCCUGGAUUCUUUCCUGAGUUGGCGCCGGAGGAGAAUCAGAUUCAGUCUUCUGUGCCUGGAGAAGUAUACAAAGGCUGUAUCAGGAAUAAAACAUCAUGUGGGGAAAACACGACAACAUUCAUAGACCUGAAGAAGGUGAAAGUAAGAAACCCAGACAAACAAGUCGACGCAGCGAAUGCAACAGAGUGCCAAUCUGAGUGCCUUAGUGAUUGCCUCCGUUGCACGGCUUAUUCAUACAAUGCAUCAAGAAGUGCCGAUCGCAGUAGUAACGCGUGUUUCAUUUGGACUUCUGUUUUACCUACUCUUCAUAAGUCUCCUGAUCAGGGCCUUGAUCUUUCUGUCUUGGUAAAUAAACAAGAUAUAGAAUCAACAGCAAGAACUUGCAAACCUUGCGGUACAGACACAAUUCCUUAUCCGCUGAGCACUGAGCUAAGUUGUGGGGAUCCCGCUUACUUCAAUUUCAACUGUGACUUGUCAACCGGGAAUGUUAACUUCAUGGUGAGAAAAGAUAAUUAUACAGAAAAAGAUAGUUAUAGAAUUAAUUACAUUGAUCCAGUCUCGAGAACGUUCUCUAUCCAAUUCGGGGAUUCGUCUUCUUGCGCUGCUAGCAAUCUUGCGAGCCGGCUUGAUCCGUCAUUUAGUGUGACUAAACAGUGUGAUGGUGAAGGCGAGGUAAUGAUUAGUUGGUUACCCCCACAAGAACCUCCCUGUAAUAACUCCCUCGACUGCAAUGCUUGGUCUCAUUCAACUUGCAAUCCUGCCAGAUAUGGAGUUGGAAGAUGCCUCUGUGCUAAAAACUAUCGAUGGAAUGGCAACGAUUUAAGCUGUAAGCCAGUGUCUUCAAGAAUCAGGUCUAAAAUUUUGAUAUUAGCAGCGAUAUUUUCAAGCUUGAUUUUCUUGGCUUGCGUUGUACCUACUUAUCUUUGGAGAAGAAAAGUAGCCUUUAAGCAAGAAAAGGGAAAAAUUCAAAGAACAAGGAAGAGCCUACACGACAGUGAGAGAUAUCUCAAAGAUUUGUUGGAUGUCGAGAGAUUAGAGGAAAACGACAGUGAAGGGAUAGAGGUGCCGUAUUUGGAUUUUGAUAGCAUCCUGUUAGCCACAGAUAACUUCUCAGAUGUGAACAAGCUUGGACGUGGGGGUUAUGGACCUGUCUACAAGGGCAAGCUUCCAGGAGGUCAAGAUAUUGCAGUAAAGAGGCUUUCAAGUGUUUCUUCGCAAGGAUUGAAGGAAUUCAAGAAUGAAGUUGUUUUGAUAUCCAAACUUCAACAUCGAAACCUUGUCAGACUUCGGGGCUACUGCAUAACUGGAGAAGAAAAGAUAUUACUUUAUGAAUACAUGUCAAACAAGAGCUUGGACACAUUCUUAUUUGAUCGUACACAAAGAAUGAUUUUGGAUUGGCCAAUGCGAUUUGACAUAAUUCUAGGAGUUGCUAGAGGGAUAUUAUAUCUUCACCAAGACUCUAGGUUGAAGGUGAUUCAUAGAGAUUUGAAAACAAGUAAUAUUCUUUUAAAUGAGGAUAUGCAACCAAAAAUUUCAGACUUUGGACUCGCAAAAAUAUUUGGUAGCAAGGAGACAGAGGCUAAUACUGAGAGAAUAGUUGGAACUUAUGGAUAUAUGGCUCCAGAGUAUGCAUUGGAUGGACUUUUCUCAAUUAAAUCAGAUGUUUUUAGUUUUGGGGUAAUAAUGCUUGAAAUUAUUAGCGGAAGAAAGAACACAGGAUUCUUUCAAUCCAAGCAAGCUUCCAGCCUACUUGGUUUUGCAUGGAGACUAUGGACAAAGAAUAACUUGUUGGAUUUGAUGGAUCAAUCUCUAAGUGGAAGUUGCAAUGCAAACCAAUUUGUUAAGUGUGCACAAGUUAGUCUAUUGUGUGUACAAGAUGAACCAGGAGACAGACCCACCAUGUCACAAGUUUUGAUAAUGCUUGAAAGUGAGAUUGCAAGCCUCCCAACCCCAAAGCAACCAACCUUUUUUAUGACCAGUGCCAGGGGCCUUUCAAGCUCUACUUCUUCUAGUAAACCUGAAGGAAUUCUUCCAACUGAUAGUUCCUAUCAAGAGAGUCGGUAGUGCAUGAUGUGUUCAACGCGCAUUGGAUUGAAUCCUAUUAGAAAACCUAAAAGCAACUUUUCAUUGAACUUAUUGGAUAUCUGCUCUUGUAAGAGAAUGACUAUUUGAAGCACUAUACAUACAUAUAUCAAAUAAAUGUUAUAUUCAUUUUUUGCUA